AUGGCAAAUCCUCCGAGCGAUCCUAACUUUUUCAAAGACUUCGAGAUCCACGAUGCUGUCUAUAAGACUGUCGGUGACCACGAUAUUUCAUUGUCGAUCCUCGUUCCAAAGACUCUAGUGUCGGACGCAAAUGACUCGCAUGGAAAGAGACCCGUCAUUGCUCGAUUUCAUGGAGGCUUCUUGGUGGGAGGCACUCGCCUUUACUCCGACUGGUUCCCCGACUGGAUCCUUGAGCUAGCCAUCUCUCGGCAAGCGAUCCUGGUCACACCAGACUACCGGCUAUUGCCCGAGGCCAAUGGGCUCGACAUUCUCUCUGACCUGAAUGACUUUUGGUCCUGGAUGCAACAUAAUUUCGAAUCAAGCCUUUCAAGUGCUUAUCCAUCUUCUACCAUCAAGCCCGACCUGGACAAGGUCCUUGUCGAAGGCGAAAGUGCUGGCGGCUAUCUCGCCGCCCAAAGCAUGCUACUCCACCCAGGCAUCAACAUCUCGGCUGCGAUAUUAGUCUACCCGAUGGUCCAUCUCCGCGAUCGAUACUGGGACGAGAGAUAUGAGAAGCCGAUGUUCGGCGAAAGCCUUCUACCAUUCGACAAGGUUGAGCAGCAUCUCCGAGACCUACCACAGGGACCUAUCGUCACAGCUGACGAAGCUCUGGAAAAAGGAACAGAGCAGACCCGAAAUGACCUAGCAGUCCGGAUCGUUCAGAAUGGUAGAUUCCUGGAUUAUCUCGGCCGGCAGUCGGAGGUGUUUCCGGUUGAGAAUAUUUCCCGCGCAAAGAAGCUGCCGCCGUUCGUUUGGAUUUUCCACGGGAGGCAAGAUACGGCUGUGCCGUUCUAUGGAAGUGAACGGUUUGUCGAGGAGCUUCGUGCGCAGAGGCCGGAUGUAAAUGUUCGGUUUGAGGGGUACGACGGUGACCAUGGUUUUGAUGGCGAUGCAACGAUUUCAGAAGGGUGGAUGAAAGACGGAAUGAUCGAAGUGUGCAAAUAUUGGUAA